AUGGGUUGCGGUGCUGUUGUAGACCAGUUCCUGUAAUUAAACAAUUUGCAUAUAAUAUCCAACACCAUGCUAAGAAUUCAUCUAAAACUAGCGAUUUUUUGCUCGUUCCUUCUGGUUUCACUGAGUUACGAUCCAUCGGACGACAACUUGAAGAAUGUACUUCUGCCGAAAGGCACCUUCGAGGCGUUUUACUUGAAAGACGAAGAAACUGGGUCAUCUCGAGCUGCCCAUUCACACGGAUCUUUCUACAAGCAUCGCAAUCCAGCACUGGUGGACGCUAAGAACGCUGCAGCAUAUGGGUUCCGGUUUGAUGGCAAAAGAAGAUUUAACUACGAGUAAUAAUGUAUUUUACAUAAUUAUAUAAAAUGUUCUUUUGUAGGAUUAAAUAAAAAAUACGUAGAAUUGUAAAAAUCUAUUGAGAAUAAUUUAAAUGUUUUUUUUUUCACAAAUAUUUGUCAAUCACAUAAUUUUAAAUAAAGUCAGUGAAGUUAUAA